CGCCUGCAGUCGGCAGGAAGUGACGUGCGGAGAUCCUGCCUCUGUAAAACGGAGCGUAUCAGCAGAAACAUUAUCCACACGUCCUCCCCUCGCCAUCCUUUUUUUGCGCUGUGUUCGUGAAGACGGGGUGGAACCGGCCGGUUCUGCUCGCCGCGCAAAUGAUAAAUUGCAAAAAAUCGGUGACAAUAACAAAACCCAACGAGCGCGCGCCAAACUUUUUUGCCGAGGCGCCCCGCUGGUGUUUUUCCCCAUUUCCUACCACUCCCCGUCCAGAAGGGCUCUCUAUCUAAGACAUCUUUUUAUUUUUUCUUCUUCUUCUUCUUUUUCUUCUUCUUCUUCCUCUUCCUCUGUGUGCCGACCCCCUCCCAGCCCCCCCUGCAUGUGGCUCCGCCAACACACACACUCCAAGGAUCCGCAGAGGCAGCUGGUGUGAACUGGGAGUGAAGCUGAUCCGGACAAACCAGCUCAAACUUUCCCUGCUCAGAUUUUUUUUCUCCAUCCUUUUCCUGCGCGUCGCCUCUCACUUUUUUUUUUUUUCUUUCACCCUUCCUCCGUGUGUGUGGCGCCUCCCCUGCUCCUCCACAGAUCUUCACCAUGCAUCUCCACCUGCACCUCCCGGCCGCUGCAGCUUGAGUAAAUAAUAAUAAUAACAACAAUAGUAGUAGUAGUAGUAAUAAUAAUAAUAAUAAUAAAAACAGCCCGAGGUUUCCUCCCCUAAGCCGGCCGGCGAACCCUCCUCCAGGUUCCGACUCUGGACUGUGCGUCAUGCCGCCACACCUGAAGCGCAAAUCGGUUCCGCUGCUGGACCGCGACGUGUCUUUAUAAGUGGAUCUACUUGGUUUUUCUUUUUUUUUAUGCUUUGAGGUAGAGGUGGGUAUGCCCUGCUCGUCUCUGGAGAACAUUGGCAAAGAGCAGAAAGUAGAGAAGAGCGAUUAGAGAGAAGGAAGGAAGCAAGGAAGGAAGGAAGGAAGGAAGGAGAAGGUUUCGCCCUCGCAGAGACUCUUAACUUAGUUGUUGAUGUUCGAUCAGGCCACGACUAUGGGAGAUGGGAACCACCGCUGUGGACCCAACCCGCUGGACAGGAUGGAGGGCAAGUGCCGCCCCGACAUGGGCAGCAGGUCCCCCGUGCAGAGCUCCACCGACACGCCGGGGACCUCCGCGUCCACGCCGACGUCCUCCAGCGAGGACGGGCACGACAAACUCCUGGGAGUGGACCCGGACUACUGCCGCCGGAUACUGGUGAGGGACGCCAAAGGCACCAUCCGGGAGAUCGUGCUGCCUAAGGGCCUGGACCUGGACCGGCCCAAACGCACUCGGACCUCCUUCACGGCCGAGCAGCUGUACCGCCUGGAGCUGGAGUUCCAGCGGUGCCAGUACGUGGUGGGCCGGGAGCGCACGGAGCUGGCCCGCCAGCUGAACCUCUCGGAAACACAGGUGAAGGUCUGGUUCCAGAACCGUCGGACCAAGCAGAAGAAGGACACCACCAAGGACUCAGACAAGCGCUCCUCCUCCACGUCAGAGUCUCUGGCCACCUGCAACAUCCUGCGCCUCCUGGAGCAGGGCCGCCUUCUGUCGGGGCCCGCCCCGCCCCCAAACUCCCUCCUGGGGCCCCCAGCUCACCCCACGAACGGCUCCCUGCUGGGCAGCCCCGGCGGCGGCUCCUCCACCUCCCCGGGGAUCAGCAGCAGCACCUCGCCCAGCUCCCUACCCGGCGGGACGUUCGGGCUCUCGCUGCCGUCUCUGGGCGGCACGCCGUCUUCGCCGCGGCUCGGGGUCCCGCCGCCGCACUCCCUCUGCUUCUCCAUGCCCCUGCUGGGGGGCGCCCAUCACGAACUGACGUCCACCUACGGCUGCGGGUCGUCGGCCUUCGAGCCGUACAUGCGGCUGGACAGGAAGGAGGCGGAUCUAGGUGGGAAGAAAACGGUUUCCUAAGCGGACCUGAGGCGCGUGGGACUUCAGGAGCCUCAUCCUGCCGCCGGACAGGCAAAGAGACCCUGUGACCGGCAGUGACAGGGGAGCAUCAGUUUCUGUACAAUGAUAAGAAGAAAAAAGAAGAAGAAGAAAAGACUUGGUGAAAAGUGUUAAAUCCUUGUUUUUGUUUUUCUGUUGGAGAAUUGCUGUGUGUUUGUCGCAGACAGAUGUUUCUGUCAUCACUCUCUUUACAGUAGUCACUUUUUGUCCAGUGAGUUUGUGUGUGUGAUAUUUUUCCACCCCCUCUCUCUCUUUAUGGGCCUUUUUUUUUGCUGUUCAGGAAGAAAAAAAAAACAACAUACUUGACAUUAAUAAUUUGUUCGCAGCAGAGAGCCUGCAACAGGAGAGGCGAUGAGGUCCGGUUCCAGGUUCUGUUUUGGCUUCAGCUGAGCCCAGUGUCUGGAUGAGAUGUGCAGUAAUUACAUCUUACAGUUCCUGUUCAAGUGGCCAUGUUUGACUUUUAGUUAACGUGCUAUCACCGUAGAAAAGAAACACACAUACACAGAAAAAUAAUAAUAAUCGUAGCUUCUUAAUAUCAGUCUGUUUGGUGUCCAGAUGUAGAUUUUGUAAAAUUGUUCUUUUUCUUUCUUUUUGUUUUUGUUUUAGUUAUUAUUAUUUUGACUUUGAUUGUUGUUUGUGUAAGUGCUAGCAUCCAGACGAGCGGUGCAUACAGUACAUAUCCAGGGCUGACAGUCUAAAGGAAGUGAAGACGAACACACGUGUGGGCAAGAUGGCGGAAAGUCGAAGCUACAGAGCUGGCCGACAUUUCGUUUAUCGAGGUCGCAGCCCCGAGAUAGAAAGAGGCAGAGAAAGAGAGAGAAAGAGACGACCUCUGAACCCAGAUUCAGGUUGAUUCACAUGCCUCGCAGCUUCUCAGUCAAACUCAGAGAGAGUUCGCAGAUGGGAAAAUAAUCUAUUUAAGGAGAAUCAACCUGGCGGCUGCCUUUUCAGGGCUCGAGCUGCAGCCGCAGGCGAUGAAUCAACAUGUCGCUCCACCGAAAAUUCAUCUCCAACAAACAUAUGUGCUUGAACGAGAGGAUACCCGAGUCCAAAGUUAGUGUGUUUAGACUGCGUGUGUUUUGCUUUUUGUAAGUUUGUCAAAUCCAUAAUCUGAAAAUGUUUGUGGAAUAUUCGAGAUUAGGCAUGGGCCGGUAGGAGAUUCUCACGGUUUGGGUGAAAAUGUUGCGAACACUAAAAUGUGCAAAAAACAAAAAAAAAUUCUUCAAAGCAAGAAAAAAAUAAUUAUUUCUGCUGUUGCUGAAGUAAUCUGAUCAAAGUAGUCAUAAUAAUGUCAUUUCCUGCCUUUAUUUUUGUUACUAUGAUUCACAAAAUGGAGCAAAAAUACAGAAACCAUCGAAAUGUUUUCAAAUAUUUAUUGCCCAGAACAAUUUUCCUAUCCUGCUCUUCGAUCGCCUUGUUCCAGUUCUCUGCAAAUAUGUAUUCAAACAUGUUGACCUAAAGUCUGAUUACGUCUAACGGCGCGUCAAUCCACAUGAACAGAGACUGGAGGCAGAAACACAGAAUAUUUCUGCCGUUAUAUGGUUUUGAAUCACAGAUGAGAUUUUUUUGGGACGUGUUUUGGUUUUAGUUUGUCCGGUUUGUUCAUGUAGUGAUGAAUCAUUCCAGAUCCUAGAACAUAACAACCAAAUCAGAUCAGAUUUGUACUGGAGUUUGUUUACAGCUGGGACUUCGAUGUGAGGACCAUGAUUUGUGACAAGAGAACUCGUUAAUGGUCGUCAGAGCGAAAGAGGCUUUUACUGUUGUCAGAAUGUCCUGUAAUACUGGAAAACGUCUCCAGAUUUAUCUAUAGAUGAAAAACAAUCUGUUUUUGAAAAAGAGCUAAGUUAGCAAUGGUGAAAGUAGCAAACUUACAAGUCUUCUUCAGUGGCUGAAUUUAGGUUUUUCAGCUAAAUUCAUGUUUAUUUCCUGUCUGCUGGUAACCAAAGGAAAAUAAUGCAGUGACUAAAGGAAUAGUCCUGACUUUACUUUGAAAGGAUCUUUCCUGCAACUUUAGAAAGCUGGAUUAAAGGAUCAGAUACCGUUGACAAAACAAAUAGUCAUUUUUACUGUGAUUGUCACAAAGAACAAAAAGCUGUAUUGCCAUUACAAACGUGCGCAAAACUUUGUCGAUGUUUCACUAACGUCAAGAAACGCAAUUUUACAAUUUAAAUAAGAAAUUCAAUUAAAAGCACUUGUGAAUGAAUUUGCUCAUGCGAUAAGUCAUAAAAAAAAAUGUAUCGACAUCAUCUUCCUACCACUUCCUGCCGUUCUCUUGGUCAUUUCCGCCAGUAGUAACAUCCUGUUGAUCACAUGACUCACAAAAACAAAAGUGUCUCUGUCGCAGUUUUGCGAAAUUCGGGCGAAAACGUUUCCUCAUCCUGAGGCAAAAGCAUUUUAUCGAAAACCGUGUUUUUGACGUGUUUCCAUCGAGCAAUUUUAUUUUUAUGAACACAGUUUGUGAAAUUAUAUAGUUGAUGGAAAAGAUGCAGAAAAUAAAACUGGUUAGUUAAUGCGGGUCAUUUGUUCAGUCGCUUGCUGCUCGUAGUCGACUUGUACUUUUCCAACUUUCUAACCUUAAUCGGAACAAAAAGUGGGACUCUUCCAGUUUCCAUGUUAUGAGGACAUUGUGCAGCAGCAGGUGAGGGAGGGGCAGGACACUGAAUGCUCCAUACAGCCAGAGAACAAAACCACUUUUCUCCUGUCAUCUCAUUAUGAUGCGAACAUUUUGCAUUUUUUUUGAAGACCUCCAGGGAGACUCGGUGGACCCUGAGCGUGCUGACUGGCCCAUGCCUGGCAGAGGAGCGUUUCUCUGCAUCACACAGACAUCAUUACAGUGAGCUUCACUUUGACCCCGCUCUCGAUUCCCACCUCCCAUCAUGCUUCACUUUGGCCCUUCCUUCUGAUUGCUCUUCAUCGAAAGCACUUUAUGGUUUUGUUUUCUUUCCACAUCGCCAGCUGUUGCUUCAUUCUUCAGCUUUCAUGUGUUUUUUGUUUGUUUUUUCUUUUAUAAAAAGUAGAAGAAGAAGCCAUUUAUCGAAGGCAAAAAGAGAGAGAAAAAUCUAAUGUUUUCUUCUCCGGUUGGCAUUUCGCGGCGGCUAAGUCUUAUAAACGUCGAUUAUCAUUAUUGCAGUCACUCGGUUGGUUUUAUAAUUGACUGCACUUUUUUUAACUUUUUUUUUCCCUUUUUUUUUAUAAUUGAAUGAUUCGAAGCUAAGCUUUGGGUUGGUGAAAAUGACAUUCAUCGAGGGCGCCGAGAGCCGAGCGAAAAUGGAAGGGGCCACCUGUUCCGCGUUGUUUUUCUUUCUCACGAGAAGCAAUUCAUCCAGGUUUCCUUCUUGUCCAAAUCACCUUGCGAGAACCUGUAAUUUGCAACAGUUUGCCCUCAAUUUGCGCGUGUCAUUUGAGUUUUCAUUCCCCUCUUCGCUCCUGUUUGUCAUCACUUUUUCCUUUUGAAUGCUUUUCCUUUCUCCCGUAUAUUGUGUGUGCGCGUGUGUGUGCGGUUUAUUUAUUUAUUUUUUCGUUAUUAUUUUUCUCUCAGUCUAAGGCGUUUCUGCAGCACAGAAAAGGAGAAGGAAGAAAAAAGCAAAAACAAGCAAACAGCAGAAAGGUACUGCCGUGACAUCAAUUUGUAAAACACUUACGAGUGAAGGCAGGGCUAGUUUUUUUCCCCAAUAAGUUUCCAAGGGCAGCGCCUGGAGAGGAUCUGACCUCGGUGUGUCGGCUCGCCGGGCCUUUUGGCGCCCGUGUAGCAGCAGUUUGUAGCUGAUGAUUUCUGCAAAAAGAAAAGCAGAGAGAGAGAGAAAGAGAGAAAAACACCCACUCUGGGCUCUUUGCAGCAGUACACCUGUGCUCUUGUCGAACACUGUAUUAUUUUCCAUAAGCACCAUACAUAAUUCACACGCUCCUGCAUCAAAUAUUGAGCAGUGAAACGGAGCUGAGAGGGCAGGAGGGCCCGCUGCUGGUGUGCAAACCGCCGGGCUCCUUGGCAGAUUAUUUGUCUUUCACUCGACCCUUUUCCUUCGCAGCAUCUGUUCUUGCUAUUUUAUUUAAUUUUUUUAUUUUCACGUAGCUUCAGUUGCUUGAGAUAAUUGAUGCAGAAAGAAUAAAAGUAAAAAGAAAUUAAAAAUCUCUUAUUUAUCGGUAGAAACCUGCUCAUUUUUAGUCUCGGCCACCAUGACGUGGACAGCGUUUGUAAAUGAAGGAGAGAAAAGAAGAAGAAGCAAAAAAAAAGACAGGUUAAGGCUUCUCUCACUUUCAUGUUUUCUUCUCUUGAGAUUCAGCACCGACUCCUUUUUAUGUCAUUGAUCGAUGGUGUUUUGUAAUGUAUAUCUGCAGUUUGUCGUGUCGUGUGCUCAGCUCGGAGGGGGCGGGAAAAGGUCGAGAGAGAGCGAGACGCCGCUUCGCUUCUCUUCCGGGAAAGAACUGAUAAAGCCUUACUUCGGAUUGGACAAAGCCCAUUUCCUGUUUAUUUAUCCGUUUCUUCUCAUUCCAGCUGAGAGGAAGUGUUUUACUUUUUGUCGUUUUCUUUGUUUUUUUUUAAAGAAAUGCUCUCUGCGACUCUUUUAGGCUGCAUGAAGCUGUUGUUUUAAUUCCUCUUGAUGCAGAGGCCCCCCACCCCUUUUAUUAUUGUCUUUUUCUCUUUGAGCAGUAAAACAAAACCUAAAGUCAAGCUAACGGCACCAGCUACUACUUGUGACAAACAUGUACAUAGAUAUAAAUUUAUAUAUAACUAUAUAUAUAAAUGGGUCUUUGCACAAGUUAUCUGUGUCUGCUCUGUGUGAUUUUAACAGGAAAAAAAAAAAGCAAAAUGUGAAAGAAAGAUCAGGCAAAAAAUAAACAAAACAAAAAAAAACUUUAUAUAUGCUUUACAGUUUUUGUCUCAUUAACAUUUUGCACUUAUUUAAAGAGGCUUUCUUUGGUUUCCGGGCUGACGGAGCUGUUUUCACGCUCUGCUGAGAUAUUGUACAAUAUGUAUAUGUAUUUUUAUUCAUAUGCAUAUAAAUAUAUGUCUAUGUAAUUUGA